AUGUCGAAUACUUAUAAACAAUCUCCGUACGAUCCUGAAAUAAUUCAGGCAUUCCUAGAAUUAUAUCCUGCAGGACUUGCUACUUCUUAUACAUCUGAAAGUUUACCUCUGAUGCGGGAGAAAUCGUCUCUGAUGAAUGCAACUGAUGAUCAAUUGAGUCAAGAAGGAAAAAUUGACAUUGAAGAGCGUAAAGUACCUGGUCCUGAAGGCGCGGCUGAAAUCUCGCUUCUGAUAUGCCGACCAAGUGCUUCUUUGCCAAGUAUAUCCAAUCCGAUGUUACCCUGUAUUUACUACGCGCAUGGCGGUGGGAUGAUUUUAGGAAGUAAUCGUUUUGGUCUUCAAUUUUUACUUGAUUGGAUUGUGGAAAUGAAAAUUGUCGUUGUAUCAGUUGAAUAUCGUCUUGCACCUGAACAUCCUCAUCCUGCACCUUCGGAAGACUGCUAUGCCGGUUUACUAUGGACUGUUGCACACGCAGAAGAACUUGGUAUCGAUCUGUCGCAAGUUAGUGUAGCGGGUACGUCAGCAGGAGGUGGCCUUGCUGCUGCUAUGGCAUUAAUGGCACGAGAUCGGGGUGGACCCAAAUUACAAGGUCAGUUGCUCGUCUGCCCCAUGCUUGAUGAUCGGGAUCAAACAUUUUCGACUUUCCAAUACGAGAAAAUGGGUAGGUGGGAUCGUCAGGCGAAUCUAUUUGGUUGGAAGGCUCUGCUUGGUGAUACACGUGGCACUCAAGAUGUAUCUUCAUACGCUGCUCCGUCGAGAGCCAAAGAUCUUAGUAAUUUGCCUCCAGCUUUUAUCGAUGUUAGUUCAACAGAGAUUUUCCGCGAUGAAGACAUCGAUUAUGCUCAACGUAUCUGGCAGGCCGGUGGCGUUGCCGAACUUCAUGUAUGGCCCGGAGGUCUUCAUGGCUUUACUAGGCUAGGAGAGAAGACUGCAUUAUCAAAAAAUGCUCUCCAAGCAAGUACUAAUUGGUAUCGUCGACUUUUGGCUUCACAUGGAAAAUAA